CGCGGGGUCCUUGCAGUUGUAGGCGCUGUUCCAAGGAGCAAAACACAAAUCGAUUGUUUAUUUUUUGUGUGUUUACGUUUUCAAAGUGGAAAUGACUUCAACUUUGUUAUCACCAAUGGUCGACUAUUACAACGAUGAAGAAGACCUCGACAGUGUGGAUGAAGACGACGAUCGCAGUUUCAGAGGACGCGAUUCAGAAGAAGACACAGAAGAUGCCAGUGAAACAGACCUUGCAAAGCACGAUGAAGAUGACUUCGUUGAAAUUAAAGAGCAAAUGUACCAGGACAAACUAGCCUCUCUGAAAAGACAGUUACAACAAUUGCAAGAAGGUACACUUCAGGAAUAUCAGAAGAGAAUGAAGAAGCUAGACCAGCAAUACAAGGAACGACUCAGAAAUGCAGACCUAUUUCUUCAACUUGAGACAGAGCAGGUGGAGAGGAAUUACAUAAAAGAAAAGAAGGCCGCUGUGAAGGAGUUUGACGAUAAAAAGGUUGAACUGAAGGAAAACUUAAUCGCUGAGCUGGAGGAGAAGAAAAAAAUGAUUGAGAAUGAGAAAUUAACAAUGGAGCUGACAGGCGACUCCAUGGAGGUAAAGCCAAUCAUGACUCGUAAGUUGCGGAGACGACCCAAUGAUCCUGUACCGAUACCAGACAAACGGAGGAAACCAGCACCUGCGCAGUUAAAUUAUUUAUUAACAGAUGAUCAGAUAAUGGAGGAUCUAAGAACACUGAAUAAGUUAAAGUCACCAAAGCGGCCAAGUAAGUUUGCUGUCAUAUUUACUCUUUCAUUCACAAACUCCACUCUGUAUUUAACUUUGGCUUUCCUGUUUUCAGUUUCCCCAUCAUCUCCAGAGCACAUCCCCUCAGCACCCAUGGACAACCCUUCCCAACGUUAUGAAGCCCGUAUCGAAGAAGGCAAACUCUACUAUGACAAAAGAUGGUACCACAAGAGCCAGGCCAUCUACCUGGAGUCGAAGGACAACACAAAGAUCAGCUGUGUGAUCAGCUCCGUGGGGACCAAUGAGAUCUGGGUGAGAAAGACGAGUGACAGCACAAAGAUGAGGAUCUACCUGGGACAGCUGCAGAGAGGGGCAUUCGUCAUUCGCCGGCGGUCUGCUGCGUGAAACACUGUCCCUGUCUACUUCUCUGUCCAUCAACUGAACCUCCUAUCUCUCUGUCACUCUGUUCAACUUAUCAUGCACUUUGAGUCUCCAUAUUCUUACAGUGUACUUACAACAACCUAAAAUAAUUGUCACUGUGUGGCAGAAGGGAGUUCACUGGAGCUCACUGAUCCAAUUGACUGCAUUUUCUUGCUUAUUUUUCAAAACUCUUGCAAUGGUCCACUUUUACACAUUUUCAUUUCACUCAAACAAUCCAUAAUAUUCUGUCCAUUUUCCAUGUGUACAUUUGACUUUUUGGAAGAAAAGUGUUUUAAGUUGCUCUCUUUUUUUUAUAUGAUUUGUUCAGGACAAAGUAGCCUAACAGAAAUUGUGAAUGGAGAAUAAAAUGGACCUUGGUUUGUACAGUGUUGCAUAUAUUAAAAUACUUCUGUCUUUGAUACACAAGAAUACUGUUUUUAUGAGUCUGACCAUGUACAUUGUUUUAACCUGUGGACCCAAAAGAACAGAAUUUAAAAUUA